CAAGCCAAAGGAAGUCAAGAAGGGUUUGAACAUGGAAGAGAAAAAGGAGGACAGACAGGUGGUGUUGAAACGUCGAUUUGGGAUGAGUGCAGCCAACUCCAAGCUGAAGCAGUGUGAGCACUGCGGCCGGUGCUUUGAUCCUAGUCGCCUGGAGAAACACAGCGAGAUCUGUGCCAAGCUCUCCUCCAAGAGCUCUAGACGAGGGGUCUAUGACUCCACCAAGCACCGUCUCAAAGGCACUGUACUGGCUGGCUACGUGAAGCGAUCCGUGGUGUGAUGCACCAAGGGACCUGAGUCUGUCGCUCUUUUGUAUUUUGGAUUGAACAGACAGACAUACAGUGACUGAUAAACCACCAGCUGCCCAAAUGAGGACUUCUACCUUGGAAUCUGUGAGGGUUCCAAUAAGAGGCAGUACUACUAGGAGGCAGUAUUGUAUCCAGAAACGUCUAAACCAACAGUGUUCAGCAGUUCCUCAA